CCGCCAUAAAACAUAAAGAAGACUAUAGUGAAAUAAAACUGAAAGCAGUCGACAGACGAGACGCCAUUUCAGAGAAUUCAAGAUCAGAAAUGGCUUAAUGUCACGGCAUGAAAUCAAAUGUCAUCUAGCAGGAAGAAAAGCAAAAUCCUGCCUGUAAAAUGAGUGUGAAUGAAGAGAGAGAGGAGGAGGCGCCUGUUCACACUCACAGAGCAGCAUCUCCAGGAUUCAGUUAUGUGUCUAUGAAGAGUAACAACUCCAUGCAUCAGCCCCCUGUGUUCAGUGAUGGACCAUCUUCAGGAUUCAGCUGUGUGUCCAUGAAGAGUAACAACUCCAUGCAUCAGCCCCCUGUGUUCAGUGAUGAACCAUCUUCAGGAUUCAGCUGUGUGUCCAUGAAGAGUAAUAACUCCAUGCAUCAGCCCCCUGUGUUCAGUGAUGAACCAUCUUCAGGAUUCAGCUGUGUGUCCAUGAAGAGUAACAACUCCAUGCAUCAGCCCCCUGUGUUCAGUGAUGGACCAUCUUCAGGAUUCAGCUGUGUGUCCAUGAAGAGUAAUAACUCCAUGCAUCAGCCCCCUGUGUUCAGUGAUGAACCAUCUUCAGGAUUCAGCUGUGUGUCCAUGAAGAGUAACAACUCCAUGCAUCAGCCCCCUGGUCUCAGUAAUGGACCAUCUUCAGGAUUCAGCUGUGGAUUUGAACCACCUAAAUUCAGUGAUGGAGCUGCUGUGACCUCUGACUUUGUCAGGAAGAGAAAGAGAGCAGCAUCUCCAGUAUCCAGAUGUGUGAAGAGCAACAGACCCAUUCAUCAUCCCGUUGAUCUCAGAAAUGAAGCCGUGCCCUUUGACCCUGAUGGUGGGAGAGCUGACCAGAUCAGAUUUGUGCCCUAUCAGACCAACACAUCCUCCUCCUGUCAGAAACACAUCAGUCAUCAUGACACAGAAGCAGCCCUGCAGCUCAAAUCUCACCAACCAGUACAUGAAGAUCUGCAGAGAGUCAAAGACCAGCACAAAACCAGCAUGAAGAACAGAUAUGAGAGCGUAUUUGAGGGAAUUAAACUACAAGAGCAUCAGACCCUCCUGAACAGGAUUUACACACAGCUGUACAUCAUAGAGGGAGAGAGUGAAGGAGUGAAUGAAGAACAUGAGGUGCUACAGAUGGAGAAAAGUUACAAGACACUCCAAGACACUCCAAUCAACUGCAAUGACAUCUUUGAUCCUUCACCUGAACCAGGAUAUGAGGAGAAGAGAAGAGAGAAGAAAGACAAAAUCAAGACUGUUCUUACUAAAGGCAUCGCUGGAAUUGGAAAAACCGUCUCUGUGCAGAAGUUCAUUCUGGACUGGGCUGAGGGAAAAGCCAAUCAGGAUGUAGAUUUCAUGUUUGUGCUUCCAUUUAGAGAGCUGAACUUGAUUAAAGAUCACCAGUACAGUCUUCACAGACUUCUGCUGGACUUUCAUCCUGAACUUAAAGAUCUGGACUCAAAGAUGUAUGAUGAAUGUACAGUUGUGUUCAUCUUUGAUGGUCUGGAUGAAAGCAGAAUUACACUGAAGUUUUCAGACGGUGAGAAAGUUUCUGGUGUGACUGAGACUUCAUCAGUGGGUGUGUUGAUGUCAAAGCUCCUGAAAGGAGAUCUGCUUCCCUCUGCUCUCAUCUGGAUCACCACCAGACCAGCAGCAGCCAAUCAGAUCCCCUCUAAAUACAUCAACCGUGUGACAGAAAUUCAGGGAUUCAAUGACCCUCAGAAGGAGGAAUAUUUCAGGAAGAGAAUCAGUGAAGAGCAUCAAGCCAGCAGAAUCAUCUCACACAUCAGAAGAGCAAGAAGCCUCCACAUCAUGUGCCACAUACCCGUCUUCUGCUGGAUCUCAGCCACUGUGCUUCAAAUCAUCCUGAAACAAGAUCUGAGUGCAGAAAUCCCUCAAACUCUGACUGAAAUGUAUAUACACUUCCUCCUCAUUCAAAUAAAUAUGAGGAACCAGAAGUAUGAAGAGAGACAUCCAGAGAAUCUCCUGAAGUCCAACAGAGACGUGAUUGUGAAACUUGCUGAACUGGCUUUCAAUCAGCUGAUGAAGGGCAAUGUGAUGUUCUAUGAGGAGGACCUGAGAGAGAGCGGCAUAAACGUCACUGACGCCUCAGUGUAUUCUGGGAUUUGCACUGAGAUCUUUAGGGAGGAAUGUGUGAUUUAUCACAGGAAGGUUUACAGCUUUGUACAUCUGAGCUUUCAGGAGUUUUUUGCAGCACUUUAUGUGUUUUUCUGCUAUUUACACAAAAAUGGUGAAGUUCUGAAAAUGUUCUUGACAGGAAAGUCCAGAACUCAGUGUGAAAAAGUUUCUCUAGAUGUGUUUCUGAAGGAAACAAUGAAUGAAGCCUUGAAGAGUAAAACUGGACAUCUGGAUCUUUUCCUUCGAUUCCUUCAUGGCAUCUCACUGGAGUCCAAUCAGAGAGUCUUACAGGAUCUGCUGAUUCACACAGAGAACAACCCAGAGAGCAUCAAGAAAAUAAUCCACAACCUCAAACGAGGUCAAAAAAACAAUGUCAGCCCCGAAAGAUGGAUGAAUCUGUCACACUGCUUGAUUGAGAUGAAGAAUAAUUCUGUUGUUGAAGAAAUGCAUCAAUUUUUAAACUCUAAAACAAAAAGAAAAAAUCUUUCUCUUGCACAAUGUUCAACAUUAGCAAACAUGAUCCUGAUGUCAGAGGAGGUGAUGGAUGAGCUCGACUUUAUGAAUAACAUCGAAUCAAAAGAGGGGAGAUGGAGACUGGUACCUGCUGUGAGGAACUGCAGAAAAGCCAUAUUGGCAGGCUGUAAACUCACCGAUCAGCACUGUGAAAUUGUGGCUUCAGCUUUACAAUCAUCAAACUCCCCCCUGAGAGAGCUGGACCUGAGUAAAAAUCGCCUGCAGGAUUCAGCGGUGAAGCUGCUCUGUGCUGGACUAAAGAGUCCAAACUGUCAACUCAACGCACUGAGAUUAUCUGGCUGUGUGGUGUCAGAGGAAGGUUGUGCUGCGCUGGCAUCAGCUCUGAGUUCAAACCCUUCACACCUGAGAGAGCUGGACCUGAGCUACAAUCACCUAGAAGAAUCAGCACUGAAGCUGAUCUUAGAUACACUCAAACAUCUGGACAAACUCAUAUUGUCAGGCUGUAAUCUCACUGAUCAACACUGUGAACUUGUGGCUUCAGCUCUACAAUCAUCAAACUCCCCCCUGAAAGAGCUGGACCUGAGUAACAAUGACCUGCAGGAUUCAGGGGUAAAGCUGCUCUGUGCUCGACUAAAGAGUCCAAACUGUCAACUCAACAUACUGAGAUUAUCUUACUGUAUGGUGACAGAAGAAGGUUGUGCUGCUCUGGCAUCAGCUCUGAGUUCAAACCCUUCCCACCUGAGAGAGCUGGAUCUGAGCUACAAUCACCCAGGAGAAUCAGGAAAGAAGCUGCUCUCUGAUGCACUCAAACAUCUGGAAAAACUCAAUGUGGAUCACGGAGGAGAGUUCAUGAUGACACCAGGACUAGGAUUACACAAAUACGCCUGUGAUCUCACACUGGAUCCAAACACAGCACACCCUCAACUUAUUCUGUCUGAGGAGAACAGGAAGGUGACGCGUGUGAGACUGAAUCAGUCGUAUCCUGAUCAUCCAGAGAGAUUUGAUGUGUGGGAACAGGUUCUGUGUGGAGAGACUCUGACUGGACGCUGUUACUGGGAGGCUGAAUGGAGUGAAGAUGCUGAAAUAUCAGUGGCUUAUAAAGGAAUCAGGAGGAAAGGAGUGAGUGAUGACUGUUGGUUUGGACGUAAUGAGAAGUCCUGGAGUCUGAGAUGCUCUGAUCACACAUUCACUGUCCGUCACAAUAAUAAUUUCACUUCUGUAUCUGCUGGUUCAGUCAGUAAGAGAGCAGGAGUGUUUGUGGACGUGUCGGCCGGCACUCUGUCCUUCUACAGCGUCUCUGACACACACACACUCACACACUUACACACAUUCACACACACAUUCACUGAUCAACCCCUCUGUGCUGGAUUUAGAGUUCCUUAUUCAAACUCUUCAGUGUCUCUGUGUCACAUUAAACAACCAUAUAUACAAGAACAUACUGACUGACACACACACACACACACACUCAGGUUUGGGCAAAAAUACAUCAAAAUGUAUUUUAAAAUAAAAUACCAAAUACCUUAAUUUUAAGUGUAUCAAAAUAAACUACAAAAUACAGCAGCCACAAAAUGUAUCAAAAUAAAAUUCUGUAUUUUUGUAUUUUAAAAAUACUAAAAAAAUACUUUUACAAGGGAGCAUGAAAUUUCUUCACAAACCUUCCAUCAAUUGGCCUAUUUGAUCGAUCUCUUCACCAUUACACUGACUCAGUUGAUUAAGUAAACAAUGUUUGAUAGCAACAGCUUUUCUCUGCCUGAGUCAUGCAAUAAAUCUGACAUAUGCAACCAGUUAAAGGCACGAUAUGUAGGAUUUUUU